UUGAGAAGGCCAGGGUCCUGGGGGAGUACAUCAAUACAUAGCACUCACUCAUGUUGACUCGGCAUUUCGGCACCACAAACCGGAGUAUUUCCAUAUAGAGUCAGUCGUUGGCCUCACCAGUGUCAAAGAAUACUUCUCAUCCCUCGGCUGAAUCCUCAAGUCGGCCACCAGGAUGCGUGCUAGGUUCGACUCGAUGCUUCCCGUCUCCAAGCUUUUAAUCUCCUGUAUCAUUCCGCUGGGGUCGAUAAUAAUCGGCCAAGCUCUAUGUCUCUUGACAUCAAAAGACCUCGCCGGAUUCCCAACGUCUCUACGGGGAACGAUCACCAAUGGAGUCGAGUCGGAGAUAUACGGAACCCCCCUGAAGUGGGCUUCACUCGAUGAACUGCGACACAAGAUAUGUGGCCAACACACGAGCUCAUUAAGUGAAGCACUCAAUCAGCACAAUGUGAGGAUGCCAGCAGCAACAUUACGUGAGAGGCUGGAAGACGAGGUGCGGAGGCCAUUGAAACAGGCCUUGGAGUAUUUACCGGAUGGGUUUACUGAUCAAGCUACGAAGGAGCUCUCUGAUCAAAUCGCUCGUCUCCGGGACAUCGUCGCGAAAGUAGAGCACGAGCUUUCGGUCCACGCUGGCCGCGCUUUCUUCUACAAGGCAUACGCCGAAAGUUCAGAGGGGAAGGCUCGUCGUGUUGAACGAGGUGACAAAGCGGCCUCGGAUUUCUACGAGGGGAUCGAAAAGGCACUCGAAAGCUUACGGAACCCUGAAAGCUUCGAGCCUCGAUUAGAAGACACUGGGUAUACUCCUCCCAACAAAAUACCACUUUACCAUCUGAACGACGUCCUUGUCAAGUUCCUCGUCAUCUUCCAACGACACAAGCUUGUCAGUCCCGAGUGGCUCCAAGAAUUAUUGAACCAGAAGAAUGGUGAUCAGAUCAUCUUCAACUACCUCGCACGACGGUUCCCAGUCUACAAGUUUCCCGUCGCCGUGCCUACUGUUUAUUUGAAUGUUGAUCUGAAGCUUACCCUGGAAGAAAGCCCGUUCACUGAAGAAAUCCGAGGACUUGUAAAAUACUUGAAUCAUUCGGGCUGGCAAAGGUUGGAGCGUUUACAUCUGGGCACUCAGGCUGAUAACGCCAACUUUUUUUUCCCUGGGUUGAAGGGUUACACGAAGUUUAUUGAGCUCACCAGUCCAGCCAUCUCAGAAACCGUCAACAAGGAGGAGCUGGAGCGAGAGAUCGGCCAAUUUAUGCUGAGCUUGGCCAACAACAUCAACGAGUUCUCCAGUCCGACCGGGCCUUUUCAUAUCAGGGACAUCUCCCACUUGAAGCUUCUCCACAGCAUGUUGCAUUUUAUGAUCAAGUAUCAUCUCAAUGGAUCCCCGAACAAACAGAAGAUUCUUCAGGAUCUCAUCCAAGCUUGUCCGAAAAUCCAGGAGUUUGAUGAAACAAUGAUGCUAUUCUCCGAUGUGCUCAAGUCGGUUUAUUUUGCGUAUGGCCAAAGCUUGAAGGAGCUCAAUUCGGUCUACAGCUUACACGAUCCUCUGCGCGAAAGAGUGGCCAAGAAGAUGAUUUUCCUGAUGGAUAUGAACAAGAGCAACCAGCCUUCGAUCUUCUCCAAGCUCCGAAGGGGAGCCGUUCACAAGUCCGAGGUCGAGCUUCCUGGGCCAGGAGAGGAUGGUUUUAUCGGAAUCGAUCACCGUGCUUACAGACUUGCCCAUCUCUUCAAACCGGACCACGAAAUCGCUCAUGAAGGUUUAUUCCCUAAGGUCGAUAAGGAUCAUCAGCCGAUUCCGACGACUCUCUACCAGCAUCCUGAGCUUCCCCAUUUCGGCCCAAUGAUCGAAAACAUCUUGCGGCAUCUUAAAGCUAUCAUCCAAAAUGACUCGCCUGAUGAUCGGCUACUCAAACUAGAACAAAUCCUGCUCCAUCCCGAAAAGUUUCAGUGA